AUGGUGUUUCUUAAGGUUGCUCCUAUGAAAUGGGUGAUGCGAUUAUGGAAAAAGGGUAAGUUAAGUCCGAGAUUUGUUAGACCUUUUGAGAUUCUAGAUAAAGUUGGUGAUUUAGCUUAUAGGCUUGCUUUGCCACCGGCAUUAUCUAGAGUACAUAAUGUUUUCCAUGUAUCCAUGCUCCGUAAGGACAUUCAUAAUCCUUCCCAUGUAGUGAGUUUUGAGCCUCUUCAACUCAAUAUGGACCUUACAUAUGAAGAGUUACCACUCCGAAUCGUAGACCAGAAAGAAAAGGAACUGCGCACUAAAAAGAUUGCUUUGGUAAAAGUUCUAUGGAGAAAUCAUAUAGUAGAAGAAGCCACUUGGGAACAUGAAGAUGAGAUUUACGAGAAGUAUCCCCAUCUAUUCGAUAGUUAA